AUGGCCCCUUAUGAAGCAAUGUAUGGACAACCAUGUCGAUCGCCCAUCUAUUGGACCAAGGUUAGAGAAGACGCUCUGCUUGGAUCUGAGCUAGUUCGAGAAACUACUGAGAAGCUGUGCCGUGGGAUCAUUCGAGUUGGCAAGAAAGGGAAAUUAUCGCCUCGCUACAUUGGACCGUUCGAAAUCUUGGCGCAAAUUGGAGAAGUAGCAUAUCGCCUCGUUUUACCGCCAAAGUUCACAAUGUCUUCGACGUUUCUAUGCUACAGAAAUAUAUGGCCCAUUCCACCCAUAUGCUCGAUUGGGAGAAAGUCACUUUGGACAGGGAUACGAUCUUUGAAGAGCAACUGGAUAUUACCCUCCCUCCAAAAAAUCCAAAACCCAUUAUAUUGCCUUCUUUUUCCAAUUCUUGUUCCCAGGACACACACACACUCGGCAGAGAGAGAGAGAGAGAGAGAGAGCAGCGUGAGAGGAGAGAGGAGGCAGCCAUACCUCCGACCGGCCGUCCCCACCACCGGAGCAGCAUCACCUCCUGCCGCCAUCACCACCAACCGAGCCCACCUCCAGCCGAGCUCCAUCCGCCGAUCCUCCAACCGGCGCCGCUCGUCCUCUCACCAUCACCACCAAGCUCUCAUCAUCAUCACCACCACCACCGAUCAGCACCUCCCACCACCGAGCAACCCAUCACCAGCCGGCCAUCACUGCCACUGGAGCCAUCUCCACUGCCGUGCUCACCAUCACCACCGCCCGAGCUCCGAACCGCCGCCGUCUCUUUCCAAACCCCGUUUUGCCGGACAAAAGGUACCGAAGAUGGAACAGAAGUGUUCGUACGAUUCGAUCAAGUUCAACCCUAAUGAGGAAGAAGCUGAAAACCAUGGUUUCUGUACACAUAGUCGCUCUGAUUAAUUUAAGUCGACUUUAUUUUGGAAGCUUCUAAGUUUAUUUGGAAAUUGUAAUAUUUUGAUUUAUUUAAAACGAUUGUAAUAUAUUGACAUAUGCUUUUGAACUAGUGACGUAGUAAAUUUAUAAA